AUGCUGCCCUGCAUCCAGCAGGUGCUGUUGGCCUUGUUCCUUUCCCUGCCGACAGCCCAGGGAGAAGGCAGUCAGAGGAGGGCCACCCAGGCCCGCGGCACCACCCAGCCUGCUCUGCUAAGGCUGUCAGAUCACCUCCUGGCUAACUACAAGAAGGGGGUGCGGCCUGUGUGGGACUGGAGGAAGCCUACUACUGUCUCCAUUGAUGUCAUCAUGUAUGCCAUACUCAACGUGGAUGAGAAGAACCAGGUUCUGACCACCUACAUAUGGUACCGGCAGUUCUGGAUUGAUGAGUUUCUGCAGUGGACUCCUGAGGACUUCGACAAUGUCACCAAAUUGUCCGUCCCCACAGACAGCAUCUGGGUCCCUGACAUCCUCAUCAAUGAGUUUGUGGACGUGGGGAAGUCUCCGAGCAUUCCGUAUGUGUAUGUGCACCAUCAAGGUGAAGUCCAGAACUACAAGCCCCUACAGGUGGUGACCUCCUGUAGCCUGGACAUCUAUAACUUCCCCUUUGAUGUGCAGAACUGCUCUCUGACCUUCACCAGCUGGCUGCAUACCAUCCAGGACAUCAACAUUUCCCUGUGGCGAUCACCAGAAGAAGUGAGGUCGGACAAGAGCAUCUUCAUGAAUCAGGGCGAGUGGGAGCUGCUGGGGGUGUUCACCCAGUUCCAGGAGUUCAGUAUAGAAACCAGCAACAGCUAUGCAGAAAUGAAGUUCUACGUGGUCAUCCGCCGGCGGCCAUUAUUCUACGCAGUCAGCCUCUUGCUGCCCAGUAUCUUCCUCAUGGUCGUGGACAUUGUGGGCUUUUGUCUGCCCCCGGACAGCGGUGAGAGAGUCUCUUUCAAGAUCACGCUCCUUCUGGGAUACUCAGUCUUUCUCAUCAUCGUGUCAGACACGCUGCCGGCAACAGCCAUCGGCACCCCCCUCAUUGGUGUCUACUUUGUAGUGUGCAUGGCUCUGCUGGUGAUAAGCCUCGCCGAGACCAUCUUCAUCGUGCGGCUGGUGCACAAGCAGGACCUACAGCGGCCAGUACCUGACUGGUUGAGGCAUCUGGUCCUAGACAGACUAGGCCAGCUGCUCUGCCUAGGGGAGCAGCCCGUGGCCCACAGGGCCCCAGCCACCUUCCAAGCCAACAAGACUGAUGACUGUUCAGGCUCUGCUCUUCUUCUAGCCAUGGGAAACCACUGCAGCCAUGUUGGAGGACCUCAGGACUUAGAGAAGACUCCAAGGGGCAGAAGUAGCCCUCUUCCACCACCAAGGGAGGCCUCUCUAGCUGUGCGUGGUCUCUUGCAAGAGCUGUCCUCCAUCCGCCACUUCCUGGAGAAGCGGGACGAGAUGAGGGAGGUGGCGAAGGACUGGCUGCGAGUGGGGUAUGUGCUGGACAGGCUGCUGUUCCGCAUCUACCUGCUGGCUGUGCUGGCCUAUAGCAUCACCCUGAUCUCGCUCUGGUCCAUUUGGCAUUACUCUUGA